AUGGGGACCAUCAUCCCUGUCUUCCAGUUCAUGGACACUGUCUCUGACCACCAUGCAACACUGAAGAGGCGCAUCAACCAUGACAACCCCACAAUGUCCAGAGCCUUCAGCAUCUCAGGGCGAAUCUCAUCUGCCCCGGGUUCUUGUGGUUCCUGCUGGGCCUUCACUGCUGUCGGUGCCCUGGAGGGUCAGUUGGCCUUGAAAAAAGGGAAGCUGGUAGACCUCAGCCCCCAAAACCUGGUGGACUGUGCAACUCAAUACGGCAACCACGGCUGCAACGGUGGCUUCUAUACAGAAGCCUUCAAUUACAUCAAGUACAAUGGUAUCGAGUCUGAGGCUUCAUACCCAGGGCAGUAUCAGGAAGGACAAUGCCACCACAACUCCAACAACAAUGUUGCAACAUGCUAUGAGUACAACUGCCUGCCUCAAGGGAACGAGAAUGUGAUGGAACUGGCAGUCUUCACCAUCGGACCCAUUGCAGUUGCGAUUGACGCAAAUCCAGAAGAAUUUAAAUUUUACAAGAGUGGAGUGUACGACAACCCGAUGUGCACACAAGAGCUGAACCAUGGGGUCGUAGUUGUGGGCUACGGCACAGAGAACGGAAAAGACUACUGGCUGGUGAAGAACAGCUGGGGAACUGGUUAUGGAGAAGCAGGCUACGUCAAAAUGUCACGCAACAAGAACAACCAGUGUGGCAUCGCUCAGGUCCCCUGCUACCCCAUCAUGUAG